UUUCUCGUUUUGCUUUCAUGUCUCAGGUUGCAAGAUCAAAGCGCUGCGAGCAAAGACUAACACCUACAUAAAGACCCCAGUUCGAGACGAGGAGCCUGUUUUUGUGGUGACCGGCAGGAGGGAGGAGGUGGCUAUGGCCAGGAGGGAAAUCAUCUCUGCUGCAGAGCACUUCUCCAUGAUCCGAGCCUCCAGGAACAAAAACACCAGCCUGAACGGAGGUGGCACCCCAGUCCUUGGACCACCCAACCUGCCCGGACAGACCACUAUCCAGGUCCGGGUGCCUUACCGUGUUGUGGGACUGGUUGUAGGUCCCAAGGGUGCCACCAUCAAGCGCAUCCAGCAGCAGACUCACACCUACAUUGUGACACCCAGCCGAGACAAGGAGCCAGUGUUCGAGGUGAUGGGGAUGCCAGAGAAUGUGGACAGAGCACGUGAAGAGAUCGAAGCGCACAUCACCAUGAGGACAGGAGGCCUUAUUGAACUCCAGGAUGAAAAUGACUUCCACGCAAAUGGGACCGACGUGGGUUUUGAUCUGCACGGGCAUGCCACCCUGUGGUCCAAGCCCAGCACCGGGAUGACCCCCAUCUCAGAACGUAAACCCUUCUCCAACUAUCGCAAUGACUCGUCCUCCUCCACAGACUCCUAUUUUGGUAACAACAACUCAUGUAUAGCCGACUACAGCCCUCCCAGCCCCAGACUCAGCUACACCACCACCAACGGUAACAACAAUAACAAUAACAUCAGUGUCAACACCAAUGGCAAUGCAUUGGUUUACGAAACUGAGGUGAUUUCACCUGACUGCACGACUUUUGACUCCUCAUCAGGGUUUGACCCCACUUCAGCCCCACCGGGCCUUUUGUGGUCCCAGUACGAUAGUCGCACGACCCCGUCAUCCACCAGAGGCAACUCCCCCACCUCCACCUCAGCCAUGUUCCCCAACAACACCUCCACUAAUGCCAAUGUGAUAGUUAUGAGUCAGAGAAGGGUUUAUGGUUGUACCCCACAGCCCAGACUGUCGCCUCCUCUCCACAGCCACACAGGAGGCCCCAUUGAGCACCUGUUAGCCCGUGGGAUGUGCAGUGACCCAGGCGGAGGCCCACUCAGUUUCCCUGGUUACUCCAGCCCUAUCGGCUGUCUGGCGGGCCCUCACCUCCCUGGAGUUUCAUGCGACUCCUUCACCUCGUCAUCGUCCUCCUCUUCUUCCACCUCCUCUGGCACCAGCCGAAAAGGCAGUCGCGACUGUUCGGUGUGCUUUGAGAGCGAGGUCAUUGCAGCCCUGGUCCCCUGUGGGCACAACCUCUUCUGUAUGGAAUGUGCCAAUCGUAUCUGUGAGAGGAGAGAACCCAAAUGCCCUGUCUGCCACACUGGUGUCACUCAGGCUAUACGUAUAUUUUCAUAAGAAGUGUAACUCUGACUGUAUCAGCAGCAAGACUGGCUACAAUAGCUGCAACAGACUCUUUAUACUGCUUUAAUUGGUUCACAUUUACCAGUUUGUAAAGUGUACAUAGAUAUACAUUUGUAUGUAAGAGGCUACAGUAUCCAGAAGAAGGGACAGACAUCCUUUGUGGGCUUUGUUGUAGUUGUUUGUGCUAUACUGUCGCUUGGGGACAUUUUUUCAACAUUUAAGAGGAUGUUUUAAAUAUUACAGCGUAGUAUUCAAUAGUUCAAGUAAGUUGUACUCUAUAUGUGAAAUAUAGGGUGAAGUGAAGAGUAGGGAUGCCACAAUUAUAGAUUUUGUUGGUACGAUUAUAUAGUGAGGAAUAAUCAUGGUUUCAAGAUUAUCACAAUUAUAAUGCAUUAAAUUAAUUUAACACUAUUAAAUACUUUUUAUUUUUUAUUUAUAAUUAGAAUUAGAUUUUUAAUAUUUAAUAACAUUAACAAAUUGUUAAUAAGGAGGGGAAUAAACUGAACUGUUAUUGUCAUCAACUCUCAUUCAUACAUAUAAGUUUUAGUGAAAAUGAUUUGAGAACAUCAAGUUUAUAAGGUCCUGAUGUUAUGUUAGUGUUUUGAAUCUGCCAUUUUCUUUGGUGAAAUUAAAGCUUCACAUUUUGGUCCCACUGCCAGAGUUUAGCCAGUGUACAGUAGUAGCCUUCAUGUCUCUGAUAAGCAUGGAACUUUAAGCUGGCACGGUGCUCUUUUUGUUUUCGUUUUGUGCAAGUUGCAACAAUUCCUUUCACUGCAACAGAAACACUCGGUGUAGCGGAGCCUUUACGAUUAAUUAACUGAGACGUUUUAAAGCGUAGUUAAUUGUGAAAUCCGGUAAUUGCUGCAUCCCUAGUAAAGAGACACGGUGGGGCCAGGACGGAUGUAGGUGGGUCUAACUCUAGACUGUUAGCAGGGCUGAGCCUUCUAGUUUUCAUGAUUGAAUCUAGUAAGAGGGGAGUCCAUUACUGGGAAACACGGAGGGCUUCCUGCCAAACAGGACCAUUGACGUACAAAGAUAUUGCAGACACCACAUGGAGGGCAACAACAUAUCCUACAUAUACAAUAAUUCAAUUCAAUUCAAUUUUAUUUAUAUAGCGCCAAAUCACAACAACAGCUAUCUCACAGCGCUUUUCAUAAAAGAGCAGGUCUAGACCA